AUGAGCUAUUUCUGGGACAUGUGGGAUGGCGAGCACGUCGGUCGCUGUAUUAAUAUCUACGCCAUGGCUUGGGCGCAUGCCAUAAUCAAUAUUGCCCUCGACGUCUGGAUGUUGGCACUGCCGGCUAGUCAAGUAUGGGGUUUGAAGAUGCCACUCAGAAGGAAACUCGGUGUCAUGGUCAUGUUCGGGCUGGGCAUAUUCAUCACCACUGUGAGCUGUAUCCGCCUGAGAAGCUUGAUUGGUUUCGCCCAAGCCUAUCCGCAAAAUCCAACCAUGGACUUCUUCGGCGUGGCAUUAUGGUCCGCCCUCGAGCUGACCACGGGCGUGACGGUCGCCUGCCUCCCCGCAACGAGACAGGUGGUGGUCAAGUACGUCCCAGUCCUGCCAGAGAUGAUUUCACGGUUCUCGUCCCGGCUCGGCAGCGGCCUCUCAUAUAUCGCCACGGGGGGCAGCAAGGCAUCAAAUGGCCAGAGCGGGCUUGGCAAGUCCGCCACCACUACUGCAAAGUCAGCGGACAUCAUGUCAAGGGACAGGACGCUGCAGAGGAUACCGACCGAGGACCCGACCGAUGAUAAGAGCAUCAUGAUGAAGGCGCUGCCACCAGCGCCACCGCGACCAAAGCCUUCAUCAUCCCAUACGUUGCGCAGCCCCGGGCCAGAGGGCGGCGGAGACACGACGCGACCUUUCUCCGUCGCUACGACGCCGUCGUCGCUGGGAGACGGCUUCUCUCUGAGUGUUUUUGAUGGGCCGACCGGGGACUCGGUGAGCGAGAAUGUGUCGGACGUGUCGGACGUGGUUAAUGACCCGGAACGGGGGCAGCCGGCGGUCAGCCCGGGGGGACCUCUGGGACCUAGCGGGACUCGGCCGUGGAGACCGAUGUCUUACCCUCAGCCCCGGCCAGAUCGGACACGCUGGCAGUGA